UCUUGGGAUUCCAAAAAUCUCUCUCAUUCAGAAUCUACACCCAAGAUUCCAAAUUUUCUGCAGUCCUUCUGCUUCCUCCUCCCAUUUGGGUUUUUGCUGUAUACUUCUCACAUUCCUCGCAGCUAUUAACUUUCUUUGCUUUUAGGCAGAAAGAGCCAAAGAAAAAGUCAGUUUUUGGACUUUUUUUCUUGGAAAUUUUUUUUUUUCUUGGGAUACUUCUUCUCCUCACACGACCCCACCCGAUUAUAUAAUUGGUGGAAACGUUCCUGGGUUCUGUUUGCUUCUUCGUUUUGAGCCAUUCUUUCUAUUAUUCUAUAUCAAAGAAUCUCUAACCUUGAAUAUAAAUAAGGGUCUCUCUCCAGUUUGUCAUCAACCUGCAGCUUUCUUGGACUCUCUCCUGCUCGUCCUGUAAGGUCGAACUUUGUUUGCAAAGAAUUCGCUCUCUUUGUUUCACUGUUUUGAAAUAUACACAAUGGCCAUAAAGGACAUUGGUUUCAUUGAAGGUUGUCUUCCUGAGGAAUUAAAGAAGGUACUUCUUUCUCUAGCUUCUGAAUGGGGGGAUGUAGUGGAUGACAUGAAUGCCUUGCAGGUCAUCCCGUUGAAGGGGGCCAUGACUAAUGAGGUGUAUCAAUUAAAUUGGCCGACUAGGAAUGGUGAUCAACUCCGGAAAGUUCUGAUCCGGGUUUAUGGCGAAGGGGUUGACCUGUUUUUUAAUAGGGAUGAUGAAAUUAGGACCUUUGAGUGCAUGUCCAAGCACGGUCAGGGGCCGCGUCUUCUUGGACGGUUCCCAGAUGGUCGUCUUGAGGAGUUCAUUCAUGCUAGGACACUAUCAGCUGCUGACCUCCGUGAUCCUGAAAUAUCUGCUAUCAUAGCAGCUAAGAUGAGAGAGUUCCACAAUCUGGAUAUGCCUGGUUCAAGAAAUGUAGUACUUUGGGACAGAAUGAGAAACUGGCUUAGUGAGGCUAAAACUUUGUGUUCAAUAAAGGACAAAAAGGAUUUUGGGUUGGAUACUUUGGAGGAAGAAAUUAAUAUGUUGGAGAAGAAACUGUCAGAGGACUAUCAAGAUAUUGGGUUCUGUCACAACGACCUGCAGUAUGGUAACAUAAUGAUGGAUGAAGAGACCAGAUCAAUCACUAUAAUCGAUUAUGAAUAUGCCAGUUACAAUCCUGUUGCUUAUGACCUUGCAAAUCAUUUCUGUGAAAUGGUAGCAAACUACCACUCUGACGUACCUCACUUUUUGGACUAUAAGAAAUAUCCAGAUCUGGAGGAGCGCCAGAGAUUUGUGCGUCUAUAUCUGAGCUCUGCAGGGUACGAUCCCAGUGAUGCUGAGGUGGUGCAGUUAGUCAACAAAGUAGAGCAGUACACAUUGGCAAACCAUCUCUUUUGGGGAUUAUGGGGAAUAAUCUCGGGGUAUGUUAACAAAAUUGAAUUUGACUACAUGGAGUAUGCGAGGCAGCGGUUUCAGCAAUACUGGUUAAGAAAGCCAGCAUUAUUGGGUUCUUCAGGUGUUUCCGGGUGACAGAAUCAAUAGUCUUUGUAGCAUUUGUCAUGUAGAGGGCUUUCGGGUUCUUACCUGUGAUGUUCAUAUAAAAUGUAGCUGUGAAUGCCUUUGACAGCACAUAAAAUCCGUACUGGAUGAGACUUGUAAAUAAUGUUUUGUUUCUCCUUGGUUUGCUAAUAACUUGUACAAUUACUCAUUAACUAAGCAGCAUUGGGUGCUCUAGUGAGCUUUAUUGUAUAGCAUGAAAGAGUUUUUAUUGGAUGAUCA